UCUGAAAUGCCGUGCCCCACAUUUCAAUUUCAAAUUAUUGACAUACGAGCACAGCCAAGGAAAUUUCGAGUGCUGGAUCAUAAAAUGGGUGGCUUUUUGGAAAAACCGGAAACGGAAAAGCAAGCACAAGAGGGUCACGGAAAUGGUCUGCGUUACUGCGUGAGUUCCAUGCAAGGCUGGCGAUUGGAAAUGGAGGAUAGCCACGCGGCUGUUUGUCACCUGAAGGAUCCCCAUGCAAAGUGGUCCUAUUUUGCGGUAUUCGAUGGUCACGCUGGCAAUCAAAUAUCACAGCAUUGCGCUGAACACCUAUUGAACACUAUAAUGGAAACCGACUCAUUUUUAAGGCAGAAAUACGAGGCUGGAAUACGAGAGGGCUUCCUGCAGUUGGAUGAAGAUAUGAGAAAGCAGUAUCAGGACAAGCCAGGUGGCUCGACGGCCAUUUGCGUUUUCGUAUCCCCGGACAAAAUAUAUCUGGCCAAUUGUGGCGAUUCGCGUGCUGUGAUAUCGCGAAAUGGAACAGCUGCCAUCAGCACCGUAGAUCACAAGCCAUUUUCCCCCAAAGAACAAGAACGCAUUCAGAAUGCCGGAGGCAGUGUAAUGAUUAAACGGGUGAAUGGCAUUUUGGCCGUUUCCCGGGCAUUGGGAGACUACGAUUUCAAGAAUGACAUCUCAAAGUCUCCUGUCGAUCAGAUGGUGUCUCCGGAACCGGAUAUAACUGUUUGCAAUCGUUCCGAUCAAGAUGAGUUUAUAGUUAUAGCUUGCGAUGGCAUUUGGGAUGUGAUGACUAGCAGCGAGGUGUGUGAAUUUAUUAGCUCACGACUUUUGGUGACCUAUGACCUGCCGACUAUUGUCAACAGCAUAUUGGAUAUUUGUCUGCACAAAGGCAGCAGGGACAAUAUGACUCUGCUCCUUCUGCUUUUGCCUGGAGCACCGAAAGUCGAUAUGGAUGCCGUCAAGGCCGAGAGGAGCCUUGAUCAAACUAUUGUGCAGAUAACCAGAGAAGUGAUUGAGAAGCACGAAAUACACGACUUUGAAACACUCAUUCGACUGAUGAAGAGAAUGGCCAUCAACAUUCCAAAUCUACCACCUGGCGGUGGUCUUUAUGCAAAAUAUUACAUUAUCGAGCAAGCUUUCCACGAGAAAUUUCCAGAUACUCCGGCUGAAAUCUAUGACUAUUUUUCAAUGUAGAAUAUUUGAUUGGAAAGUAAAACAUAAUUACAGUAAA